GAAUUGAACGACCCCACCCAUAGUAUAAAACCAUCUAACCCUAACUGACCUCAUCAAACCCUUAUAUAUUAAGUCUUCUAGCCCCGACCAACUACUGUACUGGGGUACGCGGUACAAUCCAAUCCAGGCAACCGUCAGGCGACCAGGCACCAAUGGAGCUGACCGACAGUGCAAGCUCAACUCAACUGGCAUGACUCAGCUCAGCUCAGCUCAGCCCAGCAUGGCUUGAGGACAAGCUCGAGCCUAGUUCGAGGAUGAACUCGAAAUCUAGCUCGAGGACAAGUUCGAGUCUAGCUAUGACAAAAGGAUGGGGCCAGGAGACGAUUGGGACAGGGGUGCCAAGGGGGAAGGAGAUAGAGGGAUAUAAGAGAGAGGGGUCAUGGCUGAUAGGAGAAGAGAUAUCGAACUCCGUCUGCUUUGCUUUGUCUGCUUGCUUUGUCUGCUUCGCUUCACUUCGCGUUGUCUGCUUUGCUUUACAUACUUUAUUCUACUCGCUUCGGUUUUAUAAAUUAUAUCUUGCUCGCCUAAUACGACCAACCACUUAUACCUAUCUCAUCCACUCAACUGAUUCCUCACUCUGAAGCCCUUAAACCUCAGGAUAUCCCUAUGUCCUACUACGGAGCGGCCUUGACAACAAGUGUCCUGAGCUC